UAGGAUCUGAGAGGAGAUAGUUUUUACAGAGUUUUACCUCAUUUUAACAAGUUUAAAUCGUCUUUUUUCACCAAGAUCACUAUAAACAUUCACUACGCUUCUUUUUAAUCGUCGACCCGUCGACGACCUUCAGUGUCUCAAAUGUAAUGACUCAUCAUCAUCAUCAUCGUCGUCCUGGUGACCUUUCAUUUCGCUCCCGUCCAAUCAGCUGUGGCGAUGCACGUCAUGAGCAGCGUCUCUCCGGCCGACGACAACGCUGUCGCCGCUSCGACGUCGCCUCCUUCUCCUUCAGGGCUUCCCCACAUCUGUGAAAAUGGACUGAGACCGCCAAACCCUCCCCCUCCCCCUCCGUUACCCCUCCAUCCUGGUCUGAGGGAUGAAGCACCAGACCUGAGGAGGAAGAGGGUCAGGAGUUUCUUCUGGAAAACCAUACCAGAGGACCAGGUGAAAGGUCAUUUGAACCUUUGGACUCAGGGUCCAGGAGUUCAGCAGCACCAGUUUGAUGCCCAGGAGAUCGAGGAGCUUUUCGGUCAGAAGGACUGUCAAUCAAAAUACACGGCCCCGCCUACCAGAGGAGAGAAGAGCCGAGCCUCUUCUCGGUCUCAGGUCUCCAUCCUGGACUCGAAGCGAGCACUGCAUGUUGAGAUUUUCCUCAAACAGUUCAAGAGGUCCAAUCAGACGUUAGUGGAUGACAUUCACCAUGGCAACAGUGAGUCAUUGGGGGCGGAGCCUCUGAGGGAGCUGCUGAAGCUGCUUCCAGGGAAAGACGAGGAGRAGAAGCUGAAGGCGUACCGAGGCAACGCCGCCGAGCUCUCAUUGGCUGAUUCCUUCAUGCACCUGUUGAUCCAGGUGCCCAGUUACUUGGUUCGUAUCCAGUCCAUGCUGCUGAAGGAGGAGUUCCCAGGAUCCUGUGAGGCCGUGAGGCGAGACUUUAACAUCCUCCGCUCAGCCGUCAAAGAGUUAAUGUGCUGCACGGAGCUCCACGCUGUUCUCCACCUGGUGCUGCAGGCCGGAAACAUCCUGAACGCUGGAGGCGCUGCAGGAAAUGCUGUGGGCUUCAAGUUGUCGUCCCUCCUGUCCCUCGCAGACACCAAGUCCAACAAACCGGGCAUGAACCUGCUGCACUUUGUCGCUCUGGAAGCUCAGAAAAAAGACGAGAAGCUGCUGGAGUUUCCUCUCAAAYUGAGCGACGUCCAGGCUGCAUCCAGGAUUCCUUUUGAAGCCCUGGAUGCUGAGCUCCAGGUGUUGACGACUCGCACGCGCUCAGUGGAGGAGAGCAUCCAGAAAGACACGGAGCUGCUGCAGCAGAUGGACGUCUUCCUGCAGAGCGCCACGUCGUCUUUGUGCUCGCUACGCGACAGCCAGCAGCAGCUGAAGAAGGAAGGCGACAAGCUGAUCGACUUCUUUUGCGAGGACAGAGGGACGUYCAGGCUGGACGACUGCUUCUGCAUCUUCCACACCUUCUGCCUCAGAUUCACCUGCGCCGUCAAGGAAAACAAGGAAAGGGAGGCGAAGGAGGCUGCUCGUCAGCAAACACAGGAGACAGAACUGAAGAGACGGUCCUGGUCUGGAGGAGAGCAGGUCCGUGGAGCCGUCGGGCUGCGCUGCAGCAGUGAGACAGACAUGUCCACCGUCGUGUCGAAAGAUGACACUGGACUUCUAGAGUUCAUUACCCCAAAGUCCCAGCUCCGCACGACCCCAAAGGGCAACCAUGUUACUCGUGGGCGCUUGUUGAACUCCCAUCGAACCAGGAACCCUCCAUCAAGCUCGCCUCUGUUCGCCGCUGACCGUGAACUGAGCACCUUCUUCAAACUCUCCGAGGACCACAGAGUCCCUCGGCCAAGAGGAAAGACACAUCUCUCAUCAGCCUCGCCUAAAUCUGAGCUUAAAGGUUCAGUAUCAUCUCCAAAAACGACAGACCCACCAACCACCUCUGUACCUUCCAAGACCUCCUCGGACUCCACUGUCAUUAGCAAAGAUGGCGUCCACGAUCAAGUAGAGACAGUUAAACCUUCCUCUUACUCUAAUCAGCAGACAGACCACAACAACAAUGAAAACAAUCAACUGGAGAACCUUUCACACCAUCAGACUCUCCCUGAUGAUAACAAAGACAAUGUUUCUGGGGUUUUAGAGAAAAGUACACUGGUUCCUGAGCUCCAAACGUUUGAUGAAGACAUCCAUUAUCAUCAGCAAGAUGAAGCAAUAAUGAAAACUUUGAACCAAGAGGUGGUGGAUGACUCACAAAUACUAAAUCUGAACGAUAACUCCAAGAAAGGUGAGACAUCUGAUGUGGAAAUAAUCGUGACGACGUCUCCCUCACCACAACAGGACGGCGAGGAAGACAAGGUGAUUGUGUGGUGUGUGACAGGUGUGUGUGAGUCAGCAGGUGAAAGUACACAAACUGAAAAGGAUCGGAAUGGGGCUGAAAAUCAAACGUCCUCUCCUCCACACCAUCAUAUGUCUUCAGAACUUCAUCUGGACAGUGAAAAGUCCGGGUCCAUACCCAUCAGCUGUCAACCAGUGUCCCGUUGUAACGACUCGUCACUCCUCGUGUCUUCACCUGGACCGCAUCCCACAGAGCCUGCACCAGCCAGUCCCGGUCCUGGUCUGACUGUAGACGCUUCAGAGGAAGAUAAUGUAACAUCCAAUCAAGUGACAACACCAAAGAAAAGUGGAAAUGCAYCUGUCCCGAGCAGAAACAAGACAUCUUGUAGGCAUACAACAGAAAAGACGUCUUCCACAGAUGGAAAAGCAAAACUAGCUACUUCAUCCAAACAAUCUACCAAGAACUUGAACAAUGCUAAAGCUCAAAAUACUUCAGUGAAACCAUCAAACACAACCCUGACACGUAUCAGAUCUGUCUGCAGCACGACCAGCUCCCAGAACCAGAACAUGAGGCGAGUUGUACCCAUCACCAAGACCAACCGAGGCGCCAAACAUCCAGAAAACCCUUCUGCUCACAACCAGAGCUGCUUCAGAACAGGGCUCAGCACUCUGCCCAGCACUCCCAUCCGACACUCCCACCCUUCAACUGCCCCUCAACCAUCCAAGAUGCCAGACUCCAAAGAACUGAGGGACCAGAAGGUUCCGGGCACAGCUACCCGAACUCAGAGCACAGAUGUGCAAAGGAGGCCUUCGAUCCGUAAAGCCUUAACGAAACCCAAAACCCAAACGGAGGAGAAGAUGUGUCUGCUGCGAGYGCUCACUCAAAGUGACAGAGGGAGMAGCAUCAGCGCUCCUGUUACGCCUCUACACAAAACCAAAACCACUUCUUUGUCCAAUCCGCCAGGGUUUGCACGAAACACCGCAUCGUCGUCUUUCAGACGAACCAACGCUUCUUUAUCCAACACUGGUUCCCCUAAAACCUCCUACAAGACUUCCUCCUCGGUUUCCCAAACAGGGUCACUGAGAGUUGUCCCCUCCUCUAGGUCGACGUCCCCGCUGAGGACAUCUGAAAACAUCAGAUCUACUCGAGCUCUACUCCCCAAAGACCACCGAGACAAUGGCACCGUCUCUGACAAGUCCACCCAUUUCAGGGACUCGAGCAGGAGCAGCUGGGCCAACUGGAGAUAACAGGAGACCUUUCAAAGAACUGAUUGUGCCAUGUUGGAUGUUACUACGUACACUGCCUUCAUCCAAAAAUGAAAGGAUUUUUGACGUGGGUCAUCCCUCAGCUGGACCCUGCUACCUUCAGAUUGGGCCUCUGAUUGCCCACCCUGUUUCUACAAGACUGAAACACCCUAUYGAUUACUGAGAUUCAAACUGACAAUCCUGUAAACUAAAUGUAUAACUGACACUAACAACUUUCAGGUCAGCCAUGUUGGACUUUGAGGUCAGUGCUGGUCAAAAAACAUAGACCGUCCAGUUGAUUCAUUGAUUAAACCCCUCUAAGCCUGUUAAUCAACCAUUGACUUAAAUCAGGUGUGUUGGACCAGAUUAUGGUCAGGGACCAGGAUUAGACAGCCCCAAUAAUAGUCUGAAAUUGACUUUUGCUCUAAACUGGUUCUGUAAUCCAAACUAAAUUGGUUUUGUAACUAAAUAAAAAGCUGCCCCACAAGUCUCAUCAUGAACUCAUUU